AUGCCAAUCAUCAAGAUCAAAGUGAAACAAGGGACUGCAAACAAGAUUGUGAAUGUGGAACGAACGCUUCCCAACAUCCACGAAGUCUUUGUAGCUGAAUUGAAAAAGAAGUAUCCCAAUUACUUAUUUGAUAUAGUAUACAAAGGUGACACCACUCCAAUUAUAAUUACAGAUAAUAAGACUUUAACUGAUGCCAUAGACCACUGUGUGAAUAAAAAAGAGGCUUUCUUACAACUUGAAGCCCAAGACAAAAUUAAAGAAGAACCAAAACCAAAAGAAGAACCAAAAAAAGUUGAACCAAAAGAACAACAAAAGAAAGAAGAACCAAAGCCAAAAGCCGACGUCAAAAAAGAGGAACCAAAGAAGACGGAGCCCAAAAAAGAGGAGAAAAAAGAGGAACCCAAAACACCAGCAAAAGCUCAACCCCCACAAAGUCCCGAGAAACAAAGUGCUCCCAAGUUUUGUCCCAAUUGUGGAGUGAAGUUAAAUGGCUCUGUCAAAUUCUGUUCCGAGUGUGGCGCCAAAAUAGGAGGAGAGACCACUUCCACAAAAAAAGAGAGUGAAAAGCCCAAAGAGCAAGAAAAGCCUGCGACUAUAAUAAGUGCGGAGUUAUGUGCGAAGUGUGGUAAACCCGUUGCGGGUGGUAUUAAAGCCAUUGGAAAGUUUUAUCAUGAAGAUUGCUUUGUAUGUACCUUGUGUGGGGAGAAGUUUGGAGGGGAUAGAAAGAUUAUGGAACACAACGGGGAUGUCGUGUGUAGUCUCUGUUAUGAAGAAACUUAUGUGGAGAGAUGUUACAAGUGCGGGAAGCCCCUCGUUGGUAAAUAUUUGGUUGUAGAUGGUCACAAUUACCACGACACAUGCUUUGUAUGUUCGAGAUGUGGCGAGAAAUUCUCCGGGUCCUACAUGAUCACAUCGGAGGGCCUCCCCGUCUGCAAAAAAUGCGCGUAA